AUGACUGAAGAUAAUUCAACAUUAUUUGAUCGAUAUGAUAUUCAAAUAUCAAAUACUGAACGACGUAAUUCAAGUAUUGCAAUACAAGAUUGUUAUAUUGUUUAUUUAAUUGAAUGCCGACCAAAAGCAUCAGUUUCAAAUAAUAAAGAUAGUGAAUCAACAUGUGUCUUUCGUCGUUAUUCUGAUUUUGAAACAUUACGCAAUUAUCUUGUUGCAAAAUAUUCUUGGGUUAUUGUACCUGUUUUACCUGAAAAAACAAUUUCGCAUACAUGGUCAAAAUCGCAUCAAGAUCGAACAAGUGUAGAAGUUGUUGAACGACGACGUGUUUUACUUGAACGUUUUCUUCAUCAUCUAUGUGCUCAUCCAACAUUAUCAGCGGAUACAGCUGUUCAAACAUUUCUACUUCAAAAUGAUGGUUGGAAACAAAUUGUAGAUACAAGUCAUGUUCUUAAUAAAUCGGAAUCAUUAAUUCCAUCAUUUAAACUUAAUUUAAUGCAACAUGAAAGAACAAAGGAUAAACGAUUUUCUGAUGCAUAUCAAUAUGCAAUAGAUUUAAAUACUGUUUUAUAUAAUGUUCUUCGAGCACGUGCUAAACUUGCUGAUCGAAUAUUUAUAUUCUAUCAAGCUCAUAAUCAACUCGGUCGAUUAUUUAGUGAAUGGAGUACAACAGAAGAUAAACUUGGUGAUUCAUUACAACGAGCCGGACAUUUUCUUGAUAGUUUUUCUGGUCAAAUCGAAGAAUAUCUACAUGAAGAAGAUGCUUUAAUGGAUUUUCUUAAACAUCAAGCAUCCUAUUGUGAUGUUAUUAAGUCUGUUGUUGAAAAACAUGAACAAUUAGUUGAUGAUAAUUCUAAACAGGAAACAUCACUUGGUACUAAACGUACUCAAAGAGAUGCUUAUGCAAAUGGUAAAAUGAAUUUUUCAGUUAAUUCUCUUAAAUUAAAAUUAUUUGGUGAAAAUGAAGAAACACGUUAUGCCAAAAUUGAAGGCAUGGAUUCAGAUAUCAAUGAUGCUGUUUUACAUUGUCAAAAUGCUGAUAUUCGUGUGAAAGAAUUUAAUAAAAAUGCAAUAAUUGAACUUGAUUUUUAUAAAACAAUGAAAGAAGAACAAAUGCGUGAAAUUCUUCGUUCAUAUUGUCUUCUUCAAGCUCGAAUAGCUAAAGCAGCUUUAAAAAGUUGGACAAAUAUUCGCGAUAGUUUUUCAACUGAACAAGCGCCUUUAUAA